AAGAGAAAACAAAGUUCAUACUGUUAAUAAUUAAUACAUAAGAAAAUGAUGACCAGAAUGGUCUUCCAGAUUGGAACUUUUCAAAUUAACUUAAGGGUAAAAACAGUCAUUUUAAAUUGUUGGCACCUGGUUUUUACAUAAUGAAAGCAGUUCUUCUAUGUGGUGUAUUUCCUUGAGGGCCUUCUCUGCUUUACUCAUCCAAACAAGAUGGAGCCAUGACUUUGGAACACAACCAGUCAACAGAUUACUACUAUGAGGAAAAUGAAAUGAAUGGCACUCAUGACUACAGUCAGUAUGAAGUGAUUUGUAUAAAAGAGGAAGUCAGAAAAUUUGCAAAAGUUUUCUUGCCCGCCUUCUUCACAAUAGCUUUCAUCAUUGGAAUUGCAGGCAAUUCCAUAGUGGUGGCAAUUUAUGCCUAUUACAAGAAGCAGAGAACCAAAACAGAUGUGUACAUCCUGAACUUGGCAGUGGCAGAUUUACUCCUUCUAUUCACUCUGCCUUUUUGGGCAGUUAAUGCAGUUCAUGGGUGGGUUUUAGGGAGAAUCAUGUGCAAAGUCACUUCAGCCUUGUAUACAGUCAACUUUGUCUCUGGAAUGCAGUUUCUGGCUUGUAUCAGCAUAGACAGAUACUGGGCUAUAACUAAAGCUCCACGUCAAUCAGGAGUGGGGAAACCAUGCUGGCUUAUCUGUUUCUGUGUCUGGAUGGCUGCCAUCUUGCUGAGUAUACCUCAGCUGGUUUUUUAUACAGUCAAUCACAAGGCUAGGUGCAUUCCCAUCUUUCCAUAUCACCUAGGAACAUCAGUGAAAGCAUCAAUUCAAAUGCUGGAAAUCUGCAUUGGAUUUGUAAUACCCUUUCUUAUUAUGGGAGUGUGCUACUUUGUCACAGCAAGAACACUUAUCAGGAUGCCCAACAUUAAAAAAUCUCGUCCCCUCAAAGUUCUGCUCACAGUGGUUAUAGUUUUUAUUGUCACUCAGCUGCCUUAUAACAUUGUCCGGUUCUGCCAAGUCAUAGACAUCAUCUACUCUCUGAUCACCGACUGCGACAUGAGCAAACGCAUGGAUGUUGCCAUCCAAAUCACAGAGAGCAUUGCACUCUUUCACAGCUGCCUCAACCCAAUCCUGUAUGUUUUCAUGGGAGCCUCUUUCAAAAACUACAUUAUGAAAGUUGCUAAGAAAUACGGGUCCUGGAGAAGACAAAGACAAAACGUGGAGGAGAUUCCUUUCGAUUCAGAUGAUCCUACAGAGCCAACCAGUACUUUCAGCAUUUAAAUGUAAGACUGCUGCCUCUUGCUUCGAUACACAUGAAUGAUGCUUCUCUCUCAGAUAAAACAUCUGCUUUAUUCUGAAACUUAAAUCUCAAAUACCGUGGUGCCAACUUAUAGCAAUCAAGAGGUGGGGGGAAGGUGGGGAGAAUAUAGCAACCAGGAAGAGGAGGAAAUGACAUAAUAAAUGCAGAAAACAUGAACUUAAAGUUAACAAUAUAGGAAAAUAGUAUUAACAGGUAUAAAUAAUAAAAACACAUGCUAUGAAUUAGGCCAUCUGAAACAGAUUAAUAAAAAGGCUUAUAUUAAGGGGCAUUUCUAAUUAUUUUAAAAGAUCUAAAUUUUAAUGUAAGAAUGAUUUCACUGCAUAAUUUCAGUAUUUGAAUAACUAUACAACAAAAUUUAAUCAUUUUUUCCUGUUUCUUAGUUUGUAAGUGAUUUCCUAAGAUCCCAGAAAUAACAAUGUAACAAUAAAAAUAUUACAUAAAAAGUUUUACGGGCCCUUUUAAUACAAAAACUUUUUUUUUUUCCCUUUUAUCCCUGGUAAAUUUCUGAACAUGUGCUUCCAUGAUGUUAAUUUUCUUCAGUAAUAAACUGGUUAUCCCAUUAGAUUUACCUGUAUACUCUAGAAGCAAUCUUUAGAUAAUCAUAUUUACCUAGAUUCCAAUUUUGCGAGUUCCUAAAGGGCUUAUCCAUUUAUGUGAGUCUAUUACUGAGGGUUGACUAAACAAUACAUUUUCUUACAUACAGAUUCUUAUUUUUUUGCUUAAGCACUUACAUUUUUAAGCAAUAAAAGUAUGUGACACAAUAGAUGAUUCUUAAUAACAUGUAUAUCUUAUCUCUUUCAAUACAAUUAUUUAUAAAUUAUAGUUCAUUUAAUAUGUCCCUACUGAGGGGUGCCUGGGUGGCUCAGUGGGUUAAGCCCACUGAGCCCUUC